GUUUCCAUGGAGACCGAGGCCGGGCCCGCGCGGCCUCCCAGCGUUGUCAUGGAGACAACUCCGGGGCUGGGGCUCCCAAGGCCCGCCGGCUCACCGCUGGCUCAGAACCCCGCGGAGCCGCUGCGCGAGGCUGGAGCCGCGGCGGCGGCGGCGGCUGCACGCUGGGACCUGAGGAAGCACUCUUUGCUCAUCGUGAUCGGCGACAUUGGUACAGAGAGUCAGCUGAGGGCCGUGCGGGCCCACCUUGAACAAGGGAUUCUCUCCUGGAACAUUGACUUAUCAUCCUUCGACUUGAACCAACAGCUGAGACUCUUCAUUACCCGGCACCUAGCUCACUUCUCUUCAGAGGUCAAAGGCCAAAGGACCCUCUGCCACCAGAGUGAGAUCCUAGAGACCAUCAUCCUGGUAAACCCCAGUGCAGACAGCAUCAGCUCUGAGGUUCACCAUCUUCUUAGCAGCCCAUCAGCUCACAAACUACUGAUCUUGAGUGGGCAAAGUUUAGAGCCUGGGGGCGACCUCAUCCUACAGAGUGGAACCUACUCCUACCAAAACUUUGCCCAGGUCCUUCACAACCCAGAGAUUGCCCAAUUGCUCAGCAAUAGAGACCCUGGGAUCCAGGCCUUCCUCACCGUGUCCUGCUUAGGAGAGGGUGAUUGGAGCCACCUGGGACUAUCCAGUUCCCAAGAGACCCUGCACCUCCGGCUAAACCCUGAACCCACACUGCCCAUCAUGGAUGGUGUGGCUGAGUUCUCCGAAUACGUCUCUGAGACUGUGGAUGUGCCAUCCCCCUUUGACCUGCUAGAGCCUCCCACCUCAGGGGGCUUCCUCAAGCUCUCCAAGCCUUGCUGCUACAUUUUCCCUGGUGGUCGUGGGGACUCUGCCCUCUUUGCCGUUAAUGGUUUCAACAUCCUGGUGGAUGGUGGCUCCGAUCGCAAGUCCUGCUUUUGGAAACUGGUGCGGCACCUGGACCGCAUUGACUCUGUGCUACUCACACACAUUGGGGCAGACAACCUGCCAGGCAUCAAUGGACUCCUGCAGCGCAAAGUGGCAGAGUUAGAGGAGGAGCAGUCCCAAGGGUCUAGCAGCUACAGCGACUGGGUGAAGAACCUCAUCUCCCCUGAGCUUGGAGUUGUUUUUUUCAACGUGCCUGAUAAGCUGCGGCUGCCUGAUGCCUCCCGGAAAGCCAAACGCAGCAUUGAGGAGGCUUGCCUCACUCUGCAGCACCUAAACCGCCUGGGAAUCCAGGCUGAGCCUCUGUACCGUGUGGUCAGCAACACCAUUGAGCCACUGACUCUCUUCCACAAAAUGGGUGUGGGCCGGCUGGACAUGUAUGUCCUCAACCCUGUCAAGGACAGCAAGGAGAUGCAGUUCCUUAUGCAAAAGUGGGCAGGCAAUAGUAAAGCCAAGACAGGCAUUGUGCUGGCCAAUGGGAAGGAGGCUGAGAUCUCAGUGCCCUACCUCACCUCUAUCACUGCUCUGGUGGUCUGGCUACCAGCCAACCCCACUGAGAAGAUUGUACGUGUACUUUUUCCAGGAAAUGCUCCUCAGAACAAGAUCUUAGAGGGCCUGGAAAAACUUCGGCACCUGGACUUCCUGCGUUACCCUGUGGCCACACAGAAGGACCUGGCUGCUGGGCCUAUGCCUACCAACCUGAAACCCAGCAAAAUAAAACAGCGGGCUGACAGCAAGGAGAGCCUCAAAGCCACUACCAAGACAGCUGUGAGCAAGCUAGCCAAACGGGAGGAGGUGGCGGAAGAGGGAGCCAAGGAGGCUCGCUCAGAGUUGGCCAAGGAGUUAGCCAAGACAGAGAAGAAGGCAAAAGAGGCAUCUGAGAAACCCCCAGAGAAGCCUGCCAAGCCUGAGAGGGUGCGGACAGAGUCAAGUGAGGCACUGAAGGCAGAGAAGCGAAAGCUAAUCAAAGAUAAGGUGGGAAAGAAGCACCUUAAAGAAAAGAUAUCAAAGCUGGAAGAGAAAAAAGACAAGGAGAAAAAAGAGAUCAAGAAAGAGAGAAAAGAGUUCAAGAAGGAUGAAGGAAGGAAAGAGGAGAAGAGAGAUGCCAAGAGAGAGGAGAAAAGGAAAGAUACCAAACCUGAGGUCAAGAAGAUUUCUAAGCCAGACCUGAAGCCCUUUACUCCUGAGGUACGUAAGACCCUCUACAAAGCCAAGGCCCCUGGAAGAGUCAAGAUAGACAAGAGCCGAGCUGCCCGUGGGGAGAAGGAGCUGUCUUCUGAGCCCCGGACACCCCCAGCUCAAAAGGGGACUGUACCACUCCCAACAGUCAGUGGGCACAGGGAGCUAGCCCUGUCCUCACCAGAGGACCUCACACAGGACUUUGAGGAGAUGAAACGUGAGGAGAGAAGUUUGCUGGCUGAACAAAGGGACACAGGACUUGUAGAGAAACUACUCCCUCUAGACACUACAGAGGGGGUACCCCCAAGCACAGCUAUCCAGGGAAUACCACCCUGUGUCCCAGGGCUGGAACAAGAAGAGCACGUGAUGAAGGAGAAAGAGGCCGUCCCAGACAUCUCUGAGGAGCAAGGCAGUAAGGACAGAGGCCCAGAUUCUGGGGCUGAAACAGAGGAAGAGAAAGAUACCUGGGAGGAAAAGAAGCAGAGAGAAAUAGAGAGGCUCCCAGACAGAACAGAAGCUAGAGAGGAAAGUGAACCUGAGGUAAAGGAGGAUGUGAUAGAAAAGGCCGAGUUAGAAGAAAUGGAGGAGGUGCACCCUUCAGAUGAGGAGGAAGAGGAAGAGACAAAGGCUGAGAGUUUUUACCAAAAACAUAUGCAGGAAGCCUUGAAGGUAACUCCAAAGUGCAGGGAGGCUCUUGGGGGCAGGGAACUGGGACUACUGGGCAAGGCCCCUGAGAAAGAGACCUCAUCAUUCCUAAGCAGCCUGGCCACACCUGCAGGAGCCACUGAGCAUGUCUCUUACAUCCAGGAUGAGACAAUUCCUGGCUACUCAGAGACUGAGCAGACCAUCUCAGAUGAGGAGAUCCAUGAUGAACCGGAGGAGCGCCCAGCUCCGCCCAGAUUCCAUACAAGUACGUAUGACCUCCCUGGGCCUGAAGGGCCUGGCCCCUUUGAAGCCAGCCAGCCUGCAGAUAGUGCUGUUCCUACCACUUCUAGCAAAGGCUAUGGACCACCAGAGACUGAACUCACCUACCCCCCCAACAUGGUGGCUGCUCCUUUGGCUGAAGAGGAACAUGUGUCCUCAGCCACCUCAAUCACUGAAUGUGACAAGCUUUCUUCCUUUGCCACAUCAGUGGCUGAGGACCAGUCUGUGGCCUCACUUACAGCUCCCCAGACAGAAGAGACAGGCAAGAGCUCCCUACUGCUUGACACAGUCACAAGCAUCCCCUCCUCCCGCACUGAAGCCACUCAGGGCUUGGACUAUGUGCCAUCAGCUGGUACCAUCUCACCCACCUCCUCACUGGAAGAAGACAAGGGCUUCAAAUCACCACCCUGUGAAGACUUCUCUGUGACUGGGGAGCCAGAGAAAAAAGGAGAGAUCAUAGGGAGAGGCCUACCUGGAAAGAAAGCCAUAGAAGAAGAGGAGGAGAUGGCAAAUGUAGAGAUGUCUGAUAAACUUUGCAGUCAAUAUGGAGCCCCAAUGUUUGGUCCCCCUGGGCAUGCCCUACAUCCAGGGGAACCGGCUCUUGGAGAAGUGGAGGAGCGGUGCCUCAGCCCAGAUGACAGUACAGUGAAGAUGGCCUCUCCUCCACCAUCUGGCCCACCCAGUGCCACCCACACACCCUUUCAUCAGUCACCAGUGGAAGAGAAGUCUGAGCCCCAAGACUUUCAGGAAGCGGACUCCUGGGGAGACACUAAGCGCACACCAGGUGUGGGCAAAGAAGAUGCUGCAGAGAAGAUGGUCAAGCCAGGUCCUGAAGAGGGCACACUGGAGGAGGGGAAGCUCCCUCCUCCAAAGAGCCCUCAGGCCCAGGAAGCCCCCAUCAGCAUUUUUGGGGGACAUACAGGCUACACUAUUCAGCUAUUGUCCGAACAAGACAAAGCAACAGUCUUUGAGACUGUACAAGCAGGAGAAUCCACAGGCCCAAUUCUUGGAGCAGAAGCCCUUCCUAAAGGUUUGAGGACAUCACUCCAAGAACCUGGUGAACCUCAGAAAGAUGAGGUGCUCCAAUUUCCUGACCGAAGCCUCUCCCCUGAAGAUGCAGAGUCCUUCUCUGUCCUCAGCAUGGUCUCUCCAGACACUGCCAACCAAGAGCCCACCCUCAGGUCUCCUUGUGGACUGACAGAGCCGUACCUACACAAAGGCCUUUGGCCAGAGGUGUCUCCAGAAGAUACCCAGUCACUUUCUGUCUCAGAAGAAAGUCCCAGCAAGGAGACCUCUCUAGACAUCUCUUCUAAGCAGCUCUCUCCGGAAAGCCUUGGCAUUCUCCAGUUUGGAGAACUAAACCUUGGAAAGGAAGAAAAGGGGCCACUGAUGCAGGGUGAAGACACCUCUCACCAACUAGCUCCUGUGUCUAUUCCAGAGCCCUAUGCAGCCACAGUGUCACCUCCCUUACAUGGGACCACUGGAUACUCUGCACAAGCAGACUUCACAGAUGAGAGCCCUGACAGAAAAUUACCUUCCAGCUCCUUCUCUCACUCUAUACCAUCAGGAGAUGGGAAGCACUCACCUGGGGUGUUCACAAGCCCUGGUGAACAUAUUCUGACACCUGAUAGCUCCUUCACCAGGAGUCCUGAGUCUUUGCCAAGCCCUGCCAUGGAGGACAUUGCUAUGGAAUGGGAAGGUAAAGUUCUAGGGUUGAAAGAUAGAACCCCAGAGGAUAAGGACAAGGAACCUGAGCCAAAGGAUGAAGUCCUACAUCAGAAGGACAAAACUCUGGAACAGAAGGAUGUUGUUGUAGAGCAGAAGGAUACAGCCAUUCCUAAGAAAGAUGAAGUUCUAGAAGAAAAGAACAAGGCUGUGAAACAGCAGGAUGAGGCUUUAGAACAAAAAGGCAGAGACUUAGACCAAAAGGACGUAGUGUUAGAACAAAAAGACAAGGCCCUGAAACAGGACAAGAUCCCAGAAGAAAGAGAUAAAGCCUUAGAACAAAAGGACACAGCCCUGGAAAAGAAGGACAAGGCCUUGGAACCAAAAGACAAAGACUUAGAACAAAAAGAUAGAGAUUCAGAACAAAAGGACACAGCCCUGGAACACAAGGACAAAGCCCUGGGACCAAAAGACAAAGACUUAGACCAAAAAGAUAAGUUCCUAGAACAGAAAGAUAUGAUCCCAGAAGAGAAAGACAAAACCUUAGAACAAAAAGACCAAGACUUUGAACAUAAAGACAAGGCUCCAGAGGAAAAGGUCCCUGAACUUAAGGGCAAAGCCCUAGAACAGACAGACAAAGCCCCUGAACAGAAAGACAAGGCCCAGGGACAGAAGGAUAAGGGCUCAGAAAAGGAGGAUCAGGCCUUACAACAAAGAUACUGGGCCUUAGGACAGAAGGAUGAAGCCUUGGAACAAAACAAUAAGGCUAUUGAACAGAAAGGUAAGGCUCUGGAAGAGAAGGACAAAACUCAGAGAAAGGAGAGCCUAGUACUGGAGGAUAAAACCAUUAAACCAAAGGAGAAGAUCCUAGAGGAAAAAUCCCUAGAAAAGGUCAAGGCUGUGGAACAGAAGGAAGAAGCUCUUCAGGAGAAGACCAAAGCUCUUGGGCUGGAAGAGAGCCCCAUGUGGGAGGUCAAGGCCAGAGAGCAGGAAGAGAAGUACUGGAAGGAGCAGGAUUUAGUCCAGGAGUGGCAAGAAACAUCUCCAACCAGAGGGAAGCCAGUUGACGAACAGAAAGAGCCUGCUCCAGCAUGGGAGGACACAGCUGCUCCUAAGCAGGAGGACAGGUAUUGGAGGGGCAGAGAGGAGGUGGCCCUGGAAGAGGACCCAUACUGGAGGGAGCUAAGCUGUGAGCGGAAGGUCUGGUUCCCUCACGAGCUGGAUGGCCAAGGGGCCCGCCCACGGUACAGCGAGGAACGGGAGAGCACUUUCCUCGAUGAGGGGCUAGAUGAUGAGCAAGAAGUGCCCCCCAGAGAGCACACACCCCGGAGCCCGUGGGCCUCAGACUUCAAGGAUUUUCAGGAGCCCUCACAGAAGGGGCUAGAGGUGGAACGCUGGCUUGCUGAGUCACCAGUUGGGCUGCCACCAGAUGAAGAGGACAAGCUGACCCGCUCUCCUUUUGAGAUCAUCUCCCCUCCAGCCUCCCCACCUGAGAUGGUUGGGCAGAGGGUUCCUUCAGCCCCAAGACAAGAGAGCCCUAUCCCAGAACCUAAGCCCAUGCCACCCAUGAGGAAGGAACCCACGACCCCCUCAUGGUUGGCUGACAUCCCACCGUGGGUGCCCAAGGACACACCCUUGCCCCCUCCACCCCUUUCCCCAGCUCCAGCUCCCCCUACGCCUGCCCCAGAGCCCCACACUCCUUCACCCUUCUCCUGGGGCACAGCUGAGUAUGACACUGUGGUGGCUGCAGUGCAGGAGGGGGCAGCUGAGUUGGAAGGGGGGCCAUACUCCCCCCUGGGGAAGGACUACCUCAAGGCUGAAGGGGAAAGGGAAGAAGGUAGAAUUGGGGCUCCUGACAGUAGUCCCCAAAGCUCAAAGGUCCCUGAAGCCAGUGAGAGCCAUAUCACUGGGGACCCCGAGCAGACUGAGCCAGAGCAGAGGGAGCCCACACCCUAUCCUGAUGAGAGAAGCUUUCAAUAUGCAGAUAUCUAUGAGCAGAUGAUGCUUACUGGGCUUGGCCCUGCGUGCCCCACUAGGGAGCCUGCACUUGGAGCAGCUGGGGAUUGGCCCCCACGCCUCUCAACCAAGGAGGAGGCUGUUGGCCGACACACAUCUGCGGAGAAGGAGCUUUCAUCUCCUGUCUCCCCCAAGAGCCUCCAAUCUGACACUGCAACCUUUAGCUACGCAUCCCUGGCAGGACCCACUCUACCCCCCAGGCAGGAGCCUGAGCUAGGGCUGAGUGUGGAGUCCAGCCUUACCCCACCUGCAGUGCCCCCCCGUGCUCCUAUCUCCCUGAGCAAAGGCCCAAGCCCCCCUCUUAAUGAUAACAUCUUGGGCUGCAGCCCAGAGAGGAGGACUCCAUCCCCCAAGGAAUCAGGUCGGGGUCACUGGGAUGACAGCACUAGUGACUCAGAGCUGGAGAAGGGGGCUCUGGAACAGUCAGAGAAAGAGGCCCAAUCCCCAAGCCCCCCUCACCCCAUCCCUGUGGAGCCCCCCACAUUGUGGCCUGAAACUGAGGCACAUUCCAGCCCUUCCUCGGACUCACACCUGGGGCCUGCCCGACCCAGCCUGGACUUCCCUGCUUCAGCCUUUGGCUUCUCCUCAUUGCAGCCAGCUCCCCCACAGCUGCCCUCUCCGGCCGAACCUCGCUCAGCACCCUGUGGCUCCCUCGCCUUCUCUGGGGAUAGGGCUCUGGCUCUGGCUCCGGGACCUCCAACCAGAGCCCGACACGAUGAGUACCUGGAAGUGACCAAGGCCCCCAGCCUAGACUCCUCACUGCCCCAGCUCCCAUCACCUAGCUCUCCUGGGGCCCCUCUUCUCUCCAAUCUGCCACGACCUGCCUCACCAGCCCUGUCAGAAGGCUCCUCCUCUGAGGCCACCACACCUGUGAUUUCAAGUGUGGCUGAGCGCUUUCCUCCAGGCUUUGAGGCUGCAGAAAAAGGGUCUGGAGAGCUAGACCCAGAAAUGGAACCAGCUGCUCACAGCCUCUGGGACCUCACUCCUCUAAGCCCAGCACCCCCACCUUCACUGGACUUGGCCCUAGCUCCGGCUCCAAGCCUGCCUGGAGACAUGGAUGAUAGCACCUUGCCCUGCCGCCUGGAGUGCUCAGGGGCAGCCAUGAGGAAGCCAAGCCCCUUCCAGGGGCCCUCUGGAGACUGUGCAGCCAAUGGCCCGAAUGAAACCAGCCCCAAACCCCCAGGCCCUACCCCACCUAAGGCUGAAAAAGAAGAGGCUGAGGCCUGUCUUGCCUGGGAACGUGGGGCCUGGCCUGAGGGAGCUGAGAGGAGCUCCCGGCCUGACACACUGCUGUCCCCUGAGCAGCCACCAUGUCCCGGAGAGGGCUCUGGUGGCCCGUCCAGCAGUAUCUCAUCUGAGAUUGAGGCUGGGCCCCAGGGCUGUGCCGCUGAGCCCCGGCCCCACCAUGGGGAGCUCUCCCCAUCCUUCCUGAACCCACCUCUGCCCCUAUCCAUGGACGACAAUGACCUUUCAACUGAGGAAGCUCAGCUGGUAGGAAGAGGGGGGUGGCGCCGGGCAGGGGGGCCAGGAAAAACAGGAGGCCCAUGUCCUGUGGCUGAUGAGACACCCCCCACAUCAGCCAGUGACUCAGGCUCCUCACAGUCAGAUUCUGAUGUCCCACCAGAAACUGAGGAGUGUCCAUCCAUCACAGCUGAGGCAGCCCUCGACUCAGAUGAAGAUGGGGACUUCCUGCCUGUGGACAAAGCUGGGGGGGUCAGUGGAACUCACCAUCCCAGGCCUGGCCACGACCCACCCCCUAUCCCCCAGCCAGACCCCCGCCCAUCCCCUCCCCGCCCUGAUGUGUGCAUGGCAGACCCUGAGGGGCUCAGCUCAGAGUCUGGGAGGGUAGAGAGGCUACGGGAGAAGGAGAAAGUGCAGGGGCGAGUAGGCCGCAGGCCCCCAGGCAGGGCCAAGCCCGCAUCCCCUGCACGGCGUCUGGAUCUUCGGGGAAAACGCUCACCUACCCCUGGCAAAGGGCCUGCAGAUCGAGCAUCCCGAGCUGCACCCCGACCACGCAGCACUGCAAGCCAGGUCGCCUCAGCAGAGGAAAAGGAUGGACACAGCCCCAUGUCCAAAGGCCUAGUCAAUGGACUCAAGGCAGGACCCAUGGCCUUGGGUUCCAAGGGUGGCACCGGCCCCCCUGUAUAUGUGGAUCUCGCCUAUAUCCCGAACCAUUGCAGUGGCAAGACUGCUGACCUUGAAUUCUUCCGUCGAGUGCGUGCAUCCUACUAUGUGGUCAGUGGGAAUGACCCUGCCAAUGGCGAGCCAAGCCGGGCUGUGUUGGAUGCCCUGCUGGAGGGCAAGGCCCAAUGGGGGGAGAAUCUUCAGGUGACUCUGAUCCCCACUCAUGACACAGAGGUGACUCGUGAGUGGUACCAGCAGACUCAUGAGCAGCAGCAGCAACUGAAUGUCCUGGUCCUGGCAAGCAGCAGCACUGUGGUCAUGCAGGAUGAGUCCUUCCCAGCCUGCAAGAUUGAGUUCUGAAAGAUCCGCCUCCCUUCCCCAAGGAUCCACUCCCCCAGCUCCUUUAGAGAAUGGCUACUGCUGAGUCCUUUGGGGUUGAGGGAGACGGGAGCCCCAGGGGAAGCAGAUGUCUUACUGUGAGGACUUGGGCUGGGCUAAAUGGGAGGGGUUGUCCCUCCCCCUCAUCCAUUCCUGAGAAGGGUCUCAAAACCAAAGGUAACAGGAAUAGGAUAGGGGGAGGGUACAAAUUAGGAUAGAGGUCAUCUGACGCCUGAGAACCCUGGAGUACUCUCCUAGCCCUGUCAAAUGUUGGUAUUAGAUAGGGAGUGAGGAUAGGUCUCAGAGAGCAACCUCCUCCUUCAUGGAGGGAGAUCACAUCCCCAACCCCAGGGACCCCUUUAUCUCAAUCUAUUUAUUUAGCAUCCCAGGAAGGAUUUCCAAUAGUAAUUUAUGCAACCUGGAGGCAGGAUACUGUCAGUGAGGUGCCCAGAGCUGCACCCGUUCCUCCAUCUCCCAUUCCCUCACCCACCCGGGUCUGGGUUCUAGCAAUGGCCUGGGGGUGUACCACUGCUACACUGUCCUGCUUCCCUCAGUAUCUGAAUGUCUCAAUCCAAAACUUGAAGCUCUUUGACCAAUUGACUGGUGAGAGAAGAAAGGAGCUUAUCUCCUACCCUCUGCUUCAUACCAUUCAUAUCCCAGGGCUGUGUCCAGACCAGGCCUACUGGGCAGCACAAAAGGGCAAGGAGAGCCCAGUCCCAAUCCCAGAAUCCUUCCAAACUUCCUGACCCUUUGAAGUUUUUACUCACCCCAUUCUAAUUAUCCUUAUCCCUUCUCAUCCCCUGCUUGGCUUCUCUGCAUGUGGUCAUCUGCUGUGGCCUGGUGUGUAAUGGGUUAAAAACAAGCCACUGCCUGACAUGACAUCCCAACAUUUGACACCCCAGCAAUGUGUGACUCCCCCAACAUUCCACUCUACCAUCCUGCAGCUGAAAUGAGAAUGCUGGCUGCCUCUCCAAACCCAAACUCUUGGACAGAGGAUUUGGGGAGUGGAGACUAGGCCAGAGGACUUGGGGAAAAUGAGAGGGAAGAAGGGAAAAAGGAAACGAAGCUGAGCUAUAGCUUAACUCCUACAGAGUAAAAUGAAAAUGGGCUGAAAUACCACCCCAGGAGAGGACCUCGCCCCAAGCAAGCCAGUGAGAGGGCCUGCCAGACUACUGCCGGACUGAGAAACCCAGACGCUGAUAGUCUUGCAGGCUCGCCUUCUCUGCCAAACUGGGAAACCAAAGUGAGCCCACUUUGUGUUCUUCCUAGCUCCCACCUUCCCCGUGCUGCUGUGCUCUGCUCCUCCCCACACUUCCCUGCUAUGGUUCCCAGCUGCUGUAAUGGAGCCGCCUCCAACUCUAACAAUAAAUCAAGUUCAUUGCGGAUCGUGUA